AUGAAUAAAGAAAUUAAUGAACAAUGGGCUAACAGAUUUGCCAAGGUAAAAGCUGUUGUUGUUAAGCUUGAUGAGCUUAUUGCUCGAAUCAUGAUUGAUCAUAACAUUCAAAAAACGAUGGAGGGACCACUGCCAACGAGUAGUAUAACUACAGCUGUUAACGCAGGACAGCUUGAUAAUGUCGUCAAUGAUGAAGUAUUAGAAUUAGUCAAGAAGGAAAUAAUACGCACUCUUGACUUGGAAGAAUAUAAAAUAAAAGAUACAAUUAUAAAUGAUUUGUUAGAAAAUGGUCGACAAUCGUUGUCUAAGUAUGAGAAAUACAUUCUACCAGACAUCUAUGAAGCAUCAAUAAAUGAAAUCCAUGGAAACCUGAUAAAAUCCCUGAAAAAAUACUUUGAACAACAAUGGGAAGUAAAAUAUGGUUCUUCAAAUCAAUGGUUUAUCUUAUUUUUAAAAGAAUAUAAAGAUGGUGUGAAUUAUGAUUCUGUUCUGAAACGUACAGCUGAAUAUGGCAAUAAAUACUUGAAAGAUUGUCCAAUCUUAUCAAUUGUUUUGCAACUUCUAUUUGAAGGUAUUGAUGAUACAUGUAUGGAUGAAACAAAUGUAUUCAAUGAUCUAUGGUGUACAAUAACUAAUAAUGGUUUAAAAUCUAUAGCAAAUUUUUCUGAUAAUAAAAAGCGAUCGGUCUUAUUUCAAGCGUUACGUGAAUAUUAUCGUCCAAAAUUAUUUAAAUUAUUAGAAAAAAGUCAAGUCAAAGACAAAGACAAUUUAUAUGAAUUAGCGCUAGAUAAUGUUGUUGAAUAUGGUUGGUUACAAGGUUUACAAGCAGUUCGAAAGAGAAUAAUACCGAUAUUUUUUGAAACAUUAAUAGAAAAUAUUCCUGUAUCUGGCGAUACAUCUGGAAAGCCAGUUCAACCCGAAGUGGAAGCUGCCAUAGCAGUAACCGAGCAAUCAUGUGUCAUCGGUCAAGAUACUCAGAUUUCAUGGAAGUUCAGUGGCAUCGAGAAACCACGAGUGACAUGGCUCUUCAAUGGUCAACCACUUCCAACCAACGAUCGCUUUCAAGUGACUGAGACUGAUGAUGGAACAUCGACACUAUCGAUUCGUCAAGCUGAAUUUGCCGAUCAAGGUGAUUAUAUUGCUCGAGCAACCAAUGCUUUUGGUAAAGUUGAAGCUCAAACAAUAUUAAGCAUUGCUUGCAUCAAACCUGUCAUCAACGCUGAUCUCAAUGCUGCACUGCAAGCCACAAAAGGUGAAGCCAUGACACUCAAAAUCAGCGUCAGUGGAAUACCGAAACCUGACGGCCAUGUAAAACUUUCAGACUUUGGUUUAUGUACAGGUUUAAAAAAAGCACAUCGAACUGAAUUCUAUCGUGAUAUUCAAAGCAUGCGACCACAAGAUUUCACAGCUAAUCCUGUUGAUUCAAAACGACGAGCUGAGACAUGGAAGAAAAAUCGUCGUGCAUUAGCUUAUUCAACUGUUGGUACACCAGAUUAUAUUGCACCAGAAGUUUUUAAACAAUGUGGUUAUAAUAAUAAAGUAGAUUGGUGGUCAUUAGGUGUAAUUAUGUAUGAAAUGUUAAUUGGCUAUCCACCAUUUUGUGCUGAUAAUCCUCAAGAAACAUUUCGUAAAGUAAUGAAUUAUCGUGAAACACUUGUUUUUCCACCUGAAAUACCAAUAUCAAAUCUUGCUAAAGAUCUUAUUCUUAAAUUUUGUACUGAUACUGAUCGACGUUUGGGUUCAUUGGAUGAAAUUCGAAAUCAUAGAUUUUUUUUUGGUGUUGAUUGGGAACAUAUACGAGAUAGACCAGCUGCUUAUCAACCACGUGUCAAAUCAAUUGAUGAUACUUCUAAUUUUGAUGACUUUCCUGAUGUUGAUCUUAAAUUACCAUCACCAACAAAAGAUAGUGAAGUUCAAGUUCAUGAUUGGCUAUUUAUUAAUUAUACUUAUAAACGUUUUGAUGGUUUAACAGCUAAACCAAAAUUAAAAAUGUCCGCAUCUUCAACAAACUGA